UCUAGAAUGGACGACUCUCUCACCCGAAUGCCGAGGGUGACACUACAGAGACUGGGGCUUGCCGUGUCCGUCCUUGUCUUGCUGAACUUCUUCCUCAGUCUCCAAGACGUCGUGAAAGUAGAGAUACGCCUGAAAAGACGACAUCACACCUGGGUGACUCACAACAGAUUUAACGAUACCAACAGUCACAUUAUAAAGUCUGACAACAACACAUCGUCCUACAAUCACUCCCAGGAUGCUUUGCGCCCAAAGUAUCACACAAUUGAAUCUCUGAUGGCACCAAUUAACGUGAGCGCAUGGCAUGUAAACAGCACAGAAGUUUUACAUUGGAGACGAUAUAUCACUCAGUACUUCAACCCUGAGAAAGACUUCACUGUCCUGAAGUCCCAGUACAAGGUGGGCGACACCGUGAAGUACGAAGUUUCCGUCCGUGAUAGGUGUAACAUCACCCAGCAGCUGCACCACAACAUGCCGGAAGUCAACCCUUUGGCGGGAAAACGCUUCCGGACGUGCUCUGUGGUGGGGAAUUCUGGGAUACUUCUCAACAGCGGCUGUGGUCGAGACAUUGACUCAGCCGAUUUCGUCAUCAGGUGUAACUUGGCCCAGACCCUGCCCUACGUCCAUGACGUCGGCAUCAAGCACGGCCUGACGACCAUGAACCCCUCGGUCAUGGCUCAUGACUACCGGUUCCUGGAUCAGAACGCCACGGUCAAGGCCAGGUUCGUGGACAGACUGAGACAACUCGGGGACUCCAUCUUCUACCAGUUCGCCUUCGUCAACAAGAAUGGGAGAGACUAUAUACAAUGGACCAACGAGAUCAUAGUGAACGAGAGCCUACCUGUUAAAAGCGUUUUCCCACCGCGAACUUGCAAUGGCAUGAUUAGAAAAGUUUGGAGCCGAACGAGGGAGUUCCAGUUCAAGCGCCCUUCCUCCGGCAUGUACAUGAUCACGGUGGCCAUCACCAUCUGUGACGAGAUCCACGUGUACGGCUAUUUCCCCUUCAAAGAGGACCACCGCGGCACCAGGCUGCGGUACCACUACUACGACCACCGGCGGUACUCCACGGGCGGAUUGCACGCCAUGCCCGAGGAGUACCGGGCCCUCAGGAUGCUGCACGACAGGGGAGUCCUCAGGCUUCACAACGACAGAUGUAGACCUUGAUUAUUAUGUUGUGUUUCAACCAAUCAGAGGUAAUAACUUCUCUGACGUCAGCCUUGAACUGUGAACCCAAUCAAGCAUAGGUGGUGCCAUCUCUGAUGUCACAUAUACCAGAACGCACCAUACAUAUUUAAAAAACGGAAUCAUGACCCCCGAUCUAUCAGAGCAAGGACAUCAUAUAGUGUCCUUGAUCAG